AUGAAUGAAAAUUUUGCGAAGUUUGCUGGAGAUCUCAUCGGCCAAUUCCAAGAAGUUUUCACAGACGUGGAUCGCAACUGUACUGGUCGGUUUCUUCGCAUUAAAGUUAACAUAGAUCUCAGGAAACCUUUUAUGAGGGUUCUGAAUUUUGAUCAUGAAGGCAAGGAGGUUACAAUUCCAUUGCGGUAUGAGAGGUUAGCGGAAUGGUGUUAUUACUGUGGCAUAAUUAGACAUGUCGAAAACAGUUGUCCAACAAGGCAUCCAAAUGCUGGUUCUUCUCCCCCAGAAUAUGGUAGUUGGCUCAAGGCAAAGGGGUAUUGGAAUCCAUUUGUCUCCAGACGUCCUGCAAAUGAACCGGAUCCAUUCCAUAUUCCUGUUGAAUCUGAUGAAGAAGUCGCUCCUGUCACUUUACCAUAUUCAAGAAACCCCAGAAAUUCAAACCCUAGCCACACAUCACCAGUUCCCAGUAGUUCCUUUCAUAUUGAUCCAUCCUCACAUCCCCUGAAUCAUCCUGAAGUAAACCCUUCUCCAUCGGCACCCAUCAUCUCGUCGCCUACCUCUGAUCAUCAUCACGACCAAUUUAAUCAACCAUCUGAACCACAUGUUUCUCCUUCCACAAAUACUUCUUUUGCAAAUACUCCUUCACCUAUUCCUAUCACUAAUUUUCCUAUGUCUCUUGACACUCCAGCAAGGAAAGCAACCCGACGUUUAAACUUAGCCCGUAAUCGUAUUAUCCAGAAUGCUCCAAUGAAUGAAUCUGUUACAAUACCAGGUAAAAGGAAGUAUGAUAUUGAUGUAUUGGAUUGCUAUGAUCUUCAGAUGUUGGAUGUUGAAGUCAUUGGCAAGAAACAUAAAAUUGUUAGCCCUGUUACUAAUGUUCUCAGUUUGGAAUCUUCUUCUACAAUGGAUGGUGGAGGUCUUGCUAUGUUAUGGCAAAAAGAUGUUGUUGUUUCUUUGCGAUCAUAUUCUGAAAGAUUUAUUGAUGUUGAUGUUGAUCUUAAUGGAACUAGAAUUCGUGCCACUGGAAUUUAUGGUCAACCGGAUGUGUCUUUGAGAAGAGAUGCUUGGUCUCAGUAUGAUUCCCUCUACGAUUCUAUUAAACAACCUUGGAUUUUCUUUGGAGAUUUCAAUGAAUUUUUGACGCAAGAUGAGUUUCAAGGUAGUCGUUGUAGAGCUAACUGGCAAAUGGCACUUCUCCGUUCCACUCUGGAUAAAAUUCAGUUGUUUGAUAUGGGUUUUGAAGGAUAUAAAUUCACUUGA